UACUUUGAGGAACCGGAGGGACAACUUUCACAUUGCAUUUCGAUGAACGAGGGUAGUGAUAAACGUGGUUUGGGACUGGACUCAAGUGUAGUUUUCAUGACUUUGUAGGACCUCGGACCCCACGCUCCGACCAACAUUUUAUCGACCUCAGAAUAGCAGAGCAGAUAGCAUGGGUCUCUUUGGACCAGCAACAAGCAUGCUAACUUCUCUGUUUGCAUUUGGAACUGUUAUUCGUGCUUGUUAUGCGUAUGUUUUUUUUGAAGUUCGUGGGUAAUCGGGGGAGGAACAUUUAAACUAGAUAUUUUUUUAUUUAAAAAAAAGUCAAAAUAACUAUGUUGGGGAAUGAGGGGAUCUAUGCAGCGAAGAAGAGGAAGAAACCCGUCCAGAAAAGUCUGAAGCAUGCUCCAGGUGACGGUGUGGUAAAGACCAACCCUUCAAAACGUCACCGGAAUCGUCUGAACGGGGAGCUUGACCGGCUGACCAGCCUGCUGCCCUUCUCCCCAGAGGUCAGGGGUAGGUUGGACAAAUUGUCUGUCCUGCGGCUCAGCGUGGGAUAUGUCAAGGUCAAGAGCUUCUUUCAUGCGACCCUCCAGAAGAAGUGUGAGUGGCCGGCCCCCCCUCUCAGUGGGAACUGUAGGAACGGACGGACAGCCACUUCUAUAGACGGAGUCAGCCUCUCCGAGGGAAACCUACUGCUGCAGGCCCUGAAUGGUUUUGUCCUGGUGGUCACCACUGAUGACUCUAUCUUCUACGCCUCUCCAACCAUCCAGGACUACCUGGGCUUCCACCAGUCUGAUGUGGUGCACCAGAGUGUGUAUGAGCUGAUACACAUGGAUGACAGAGCCAUGUUCAGGUGUCAGCUUCAAUUCGCCCUCAAGCCCAACCAGCCCGACUCAGAGGCCGGACCAGAUGCCAUCGAGUCUAGCAGCAGGCCCCACAGUGAGUCUAUGAGCUACCCGCCCCAGCACAUCCCUGAAGAGAACAGGUCCUUCCUAGAGAGAAGCUUCUGCUGUCGCUUCCGCUGUCUCCUAGACAACUCCUCCGGCUUCCUGGCGUUGAACUUCCAGGGACGUCUGAAGUAUGUUCGAGGCCAGGGAAGGCUGGGGGAUGACGGGGCCUCGGUCCCCGCUCAGCUGGCCCUGUUUGCCAUCGCCACACCCAUGCAGACCCCAGCUGUCAUGGAGAUCAGGACCAAGACACUCAUUUUCCAGACCAAACACAGACUCGACUUCGCCCCCAUAGGCAUAGAUACUAGAGGUAAAGUGGUGCUGGGUUACUCUGAGACAGAGUUGGUCACUCCAGGCUCAGGUUACCAGUUCAUCCAUGCUGCUGACAUGAUGUACUGCGCAGACAACCACAUCAAAAUGAUAAAGACAGGAGAGACUGGUUUCACCAUCUUCAGGCUGCUGACCAAGGCAGGUGUGUGGGUGUGGGUUCAGGCCAACGCCAGGGUCGUCUUCAAGGCAGGGAGACCCGACUUCAUCAUCGCUCGACAGAAAGCCCUAACAAACGAAGAGGGUGAGGAGCACCUGCAUCAGCGGAGAAUGCAGCUUCCCUUCAACUUUGCCACUGGGGAGGCUCUGCUGUAUGAGUCCUGUCCCUUUGUGAAUACUGCCAUUAUGCCUACAGGACCACCCAUCCCCCCUGGCCUCACUCCCCCAGGCUCCUGCCCUGAGGACAAGCCCCUGGACCCUGCGUCUCUCCUGGGGUCUCUACUCAGUCAGGACCGCUCUGUUUAUACUCAGCCCCAGGACGCUAACCCUAACCUGGACCUCCAGGUCUUUUCCCCCAACCUAGACACAGCCUUCCCCCAGGAACAGGACCCAGGCCUGGAGAGAGCCUUCCUGGACAGCCACGCUCUGCUGAGUGUCCCUGGGGAGCUCCAGGGGCCCCAGAGGCCCAGCAGGGGAGACCCCACAGCGCAGGCCAUGAUGGACUCUCUGGGGGAGAUCCUGGAGGAGAUGGGGGCGGGGGGCUUGGAGGGGCUGGAGGUGGAGGAGACAGAGCUGAGGGAGUGGGAGAGCACUCUCCUCAGGAUCAACAUGGAACAGCAGGAUGUGACGGGGGAGUUGUAUGAUAUCUUAGCCAAUGAUGUGUUCUCCUACGUGGAGGAGGCUCUGAUGAGAGAGUGUGAUGAUGGAUGUGUGAUGGGCAGCUUGGGACAGGGCACUGAGCCAAUCAACAGACUUUCUGCUCACAUCACUGCCAAUCAAAACAUACUACGUGAGUUCCCUCACUCCCAGAGUUCCAUAUUGCCAGGCAACCAGGGGUUCAAUGGCCGGAACGGCUCCCACAAUGAGAACCAAUGGCAGUUGUCUGGUCCACACAUGACCUCUAACCUCAACAGCUUUGGAGAGCAGAGGUUGCUAGGAAAUGGAGUUGUUGGUGCUGUGGAGCAAGGGCUGGGUUGUAGUCCUGGGACUGUGAGACAGCCACGGAGGACUGUAAACACAAACACACUACCCAGAGCUGCUCAGACCGUUGCAAGGCAAUGGACUCAAGGAAGCUGUGCGGAUCUCCAUGGCAACCAAAUGGUCCCACAACCUUCUCAUACUAUCAACCAACCAGAGUCCUGGAUACCCUCCAUCCAAAAUAUAAAUGAUAAUAACCACAUCUCUCUCCCUGUCCCUCUCCCAAACUUUAACAACUAUCUCCCAGAGGCCUUUGACCAAACCAUGCAGCCCAGCCGGGAGUUAUACCACUCUGAGACUGGAGAUGCAAACAGGCAGUUCUCAGGGAAGCCCUAUCCAGGUCUGUCAUAUCAGGACCCAAGGCAGUCUUGGCAACAGCCACAUCAACACACACAAUGGCAACCACGGCAGAUACCACAGGGUUUUCCUGCAAAGCCAGUAAACAGACAUCGUCACACACACCCCAAACACAGCACACACAUACUGUCCAAUAACGCACCCAGAACUCAAACACUCAGACACACCACACACACACCCUCAGGCAGCUGUAUGUUUGACAAGACGACUCCAAAUGUCUCCAAUCCCUCCAGCCCCCUUACAACUGCCCCAAGGAGAUCACACGGUCUCAUACCUGCCCCCACUUACUACAAUGAAACCAGACCCUCUCCCACUCUUUCCAAUGACUGUAAAACCAGCUCUUCAACCCAGGCCCCCAAAGUCUUUACGACUUACCCUCAAGCAUCCAUAAUCUCAAGAUCUACCAAAUCUUAUCCCCAAGACUCCAUUCCUAACCUAACCUACCCCCCAGCCUCCAUCCCCACCCCCAUCCCCGCCCUAUCCAGAGGGGCUCAGAUGGAUAAGGACACAGGAGCUAUCCCUGCCUGGUCUGGGGCUCCGUACCUGGGCAUGAAGCAGCUCCCAGGCCCCUUUCCCAGCCCCAAGCAGGUUCCCCAGAGCACCAGGGGAAAUGGCAGCUGUAGUGAUCCCAGUGAAGGAAGCUUGAUGCUGGGUCAGAGGGGGUUGGAAGAAAGCCUCCUUCCUGGAGGUCCGACGCCAGGAUUUCCUCCUGAGAGAACGGAUCUGUAGAGUCAUCUUUAUUCUACUGGAAUGGACAAACACAGGUCCCUACCGGUCCUAAUGGUGAUGCGGAUCCUUUUCUCUUCACUGGCAACAUCUUCUAGAUUCUCUAGGACUAAGAGGAACCUACAAGUAACCAUCUCCACAAUGGAACCACAACAUCUUUUGGAAUAUAGGACCUACCUUGGAACCACCAACAUCUUCUGGAAUCUAGGACCUACCUUGGAACCACAACAUCUUUUGGAAUCUAGGACCUACCUUGGAACCACAACAUCUUCUGGAAGAAUACAACUGUACAAAAACCAGCACCUCUAUCGAAGACUGUUCCUUGGAGCUGGAUAAUAUUCUAUAUUAUAUUUAAUUUCCUUGUCUGGUUGAAGGGUGCUGGUUUCCAGCCAUGUACAGCCACCGGUUUAAUGUUCAGACUAGGGCUGUUACGGUGACCAUAUUACUGCCACACCGGCAGUCACUAGUCAUGACCGCAGUCAAUUUCCAUGUGACCGUUUAGUCACGCUAACUAGGCUUCUCCCAGCUCUGAUUCUGCUGAUGGUCAUAACUGCUUGGCACUCAGCACUUUAUUGUCCCUCUAAUCACUCUGGCAUCAAUGCAAAUAUAAUUGAAAAUCCAAUCAAACACUUCAUGAGAGCCCAUGAGCUAUGGAAUUGCAUGAGAAAACAGAGUGAUGGCCUCUAUUAAAAAGAGGAGGAUCCCAUCAGCUUUCUGUUUUUCAACUUUCCUAAUAUUAAGCACAUUGCUUUGCUUUACAACAGGAGUAUAGCCUACCUGGCUGGCAUGAAAAUGAACCACGUAAAAUCAUCUUCCAUUUGCUAUUUAAGUGCGUAGAUGACAUGUAUUUGUUUCCCCUGCCCCUUGUUUUCCGAAACAGGUGCAUGAUCAUGGUCCAUUCUAAAUCCAAACUAAUUUCACACAUAUAUUAUUUAGUAUAUGUAAAGACAAUAUCAAAUUAAGAAUAGUCUGAAUAUUAGCCUUUCACUUGUGAAUGAUGUAUUAUCACUUGUGAAUGAUGUAUUAUCACUUGUGAAUGAUGUAUUAUCACUUGUGAAUGAUGUAUUAUCACUUGUGAAUGAUGCCCAGCAUGUGUAGUAAGGCAAGAAACAGCGCAUUCCUUUUUUGUUGUUGUCUUUUUCAAAUCAUAGUCAAACACCUCAUGUAGCCUAGCCCAUAUGCCUAUAUAUGUUGAAAGGGUUUGUAUCACAAGUAAAGUUGCCAAAGAACUUCUUAAAAUGAAGAACAUUAAUCCACUUUACAACUGGUGAAGAGCAUACAUGGAAUACAUAGGCGGCACAUGAGUUUCAAGUUUGGGGAAGAUAAUUUCCCCCAUAAAAUGCACUUUUAUAAUAAAGCAUUACAUGCUAUUGAGAAGCCUUUGUUGAGAAGCAUUUGAAGUCACUUUUUAGAAUGGUGUUUUCCUGUCAAUUGAUUGCAUUUUGGAACAUUCAUGUUUAUAGCGUACUGCCGUGUGUGCAUUGCUGUGCUUAUAAUGUGAAGAAAUAGCCUAAUAGUUUAUCAACAUCUUAAGCUAAACUUUCUGAACUUUCUAAUCUGUUGCCUCAUUGCUUUUAAAAUGUUUUAUUAAUUUGGGAUCUAGUGCAUCCCACAACUGUUCCAGACUAUGUUUUGAAUAUUUAUUUCUCACACAGAAUAGAAUAGGUCUACUUCUGUACUAUGGGGGAUAGUAGAUUGACAUAGGCUAGUGCUUUUGCUGUUGGUUAGGACGACUCCUCUUGUGUGCUGAUGAAAAGUCAAUGUGGACAGUUCUUCUAACAUCUUCAAAAUGGGCCUGGGAAUUUGAUGAGAAGGAAGAACUCCGUUGCGUCCUCAAUAUGUCUUCACUUGUAGCCUACUUCAGAGCUGAGAUGCCUGUGAGAAGGACCCGAUCACCGUGACGGGCAUUGCCUAAUAAGAAUUGAUAAUAUCUGAGAGAGCCAUGUGAUUGAGAGAUGCUUCGGAGAGAGCGGUGAUUUACAGCCGGGAGAAGGGAAUUAUUAUUAUAUUCAGCCCAAGGGCAAAAGGCAUGGAUAUUGUUAGAGGGCAUUACGGCCACCCAAAAGAGGGUGCCGCCGGGAAAUUCUAGGCCUGGUGAGAAUAUUAUCAAGUGCAUGUCAAAUUGUGAAUGAAGGGGCCUCCCGAGUGGUCUAAGACACUGCAUUGCAGUGCUAGCUGUGCCACUAGAGAUUCCGGGUUCGAGUCCAGGCUCUGUCGCAGCCGGCUGCGACCGGGAGACCCAUGGAGUGGCGAACAAUUGGCCCGGGUUGGGGGAGGGUUUGGCUGGCAGGGAUAUCCUUGUCCCAUCGUGCACUAGCGACUCCUCUGGCGGGCCGGGUGCAGUGCAUGCUGACACGGUCACCAGGUGUACCGUGUCUUCUCCAACACAUUGGUGCGGCUGGCAUCCGGGUUAAGUGGGCAUUGUGUCAAGAAGCAGUGUGGCUUGGUUAGGUUUUGUUUCGGAGGACGCACGGCCCUCGACCUUCGCCUCUCCCGAGUCCAUACGGGAGUUGCAGUGAUGAGACAAGACUGUAACCGCCAAUUGGAUACCAUGAAAUUGGGAAUAAUUUUUUAUUUUAUUUUUUACAAAAAUAAAAAAAACAUCAAAUGUUUCAUACAACUUUUUUCAAAUCAUCAUUAGUCACAUCAUGUAGCCUUAGAAUGUAUGAAAAUCUAAACAUACAGCCCAGCGUUUGUAUCACAACUAAAGUUACAUAACUCUAAAUGAAGCAUAUAGGAGGACCAGUUUCUUUGUUAACCCCUCAACACUCCCUCAGAAAUUGCUUGGUGAAAAUAUCCUUUAUAUUUUAUUUAAUUAUGUUCAAUUGUAUUCUUCAUACUAUAAAAUAAUUCCAAGGAAUUUUAAGUAAAUCUUGUCUGCUAAAUUAUCUAGUGUAGCCCACAGCCAUAUGGCAUAGCCUGAUCAGGACCUAACAUAAGGACAACUCAGAGUAUGCUAUUCUGUUCUUCUGAAAUAGACUACAUUUUCUUCAUAUCAUGUUUCUUUAGACCUGUCUAAAAUAAAUAAUGGAUUUAUUGUGAA